GUUAACAUCUCUCUCUCUCUCUCUCACGCUCUCUUUCUCUGUCUCUCGCUCGCGCAUUUGCCAUGGGUUGUCUUCAGUUAAACCUGCAGUUCUUCUGUUCUUGCUCCGGAGGCCUUCCUCCUCGCGCUGUUCUUGGCAAUGGGAGAGCUCAUGUUCUGACAUUCUUGCCUGGGGAUUCCCCACAUUUGACUCUACGCUGCCGCCGGUAUCAGCACCGCGUACGAAGCGUCCCCGGCAACCAUCUUUUCAUCCUGUCGCGGGUGAUCCCAGGAGCAUCAGGCGUCGACUACUCCACCUUCAUUCCUUUGAGUGCUGGACUUCUGUUUCUUUACUGGAUUGCCAACUUUGUGGUGCCGGAAUUGGCAAUAACGAGACGCUCCGAAACUGAGAAGGAAGACUCUUCUUCAUCACCCACAUCAAAUGUAGUUGAGGCAACCGACCCAUCGGAAAGCAGCAACAAGCGCCAGGGAAGACAGAGAAGAAAGAGUUCGAAGGCGAGAUAAAAUCCUCUUGGCGGGUCGCUUUGAAGGUAGCAAGAAUGAGUAAAGGAAAUCUAUUGAAGGAGGAAGCUGAUCAGUGCGAUAAGGCAUACCUUGUGCAUCAAUGUUGAAUCGGAUAGAAUUUGAACAAUUGUACGUGUGUAACGAGUCGAUCGAACAACCAUUAAUCAGGUUUGGUUCGACCAUUGGCGAAUCAUUUCCCGAGUCCCAA